CAUGUUACAAUCGCGAUCACGGAGUUUGUAGUCAAGCAUAAGCCGCGAGUCGCGAGCCCAGAGUAGUUGUUGUCCCCACUUUUAAUAAUUUUUUAUUAUUAUUUUUGGUCGCUUUAGAAGUAUUAUUGGUUAAAAUUUGAACAUUAUUAUUGUCAUUAUUAUUGCUUCUUCUUUGGGCCUGUUCUUCCAUCGGCAACAACUUAUCUGAGUAUCAAGUCGGAUGUCCUCAGUUGGCCCGAGUCUGCUCACGCGUUCGCACUGACUACUUUUAGUUUUCAAAUUUAUUAUUUUUUGGACUUUUAAACUUUGGAAUUUUUAUUUGAAAAAAAAAUUUUUUUUAAUCUGUGCUCGAAUUUUUUUUUUUCCUAUAUUUGGUUGUUUGGAGUAUUAAGCACGUGGUUGCGCGAAAAUGCCGAGAGUGAGCGUACGCCGACAGUACUAUUCAACGGGAGUUUAUUCGCGUGAAUAGUGAACACGAGGAAGAGAAAUAGUGCCGGAAGAAAACAGUGAAUUUGUCAAAAGGAAAAAUUAUUUAAAUUUAUUGUAUUUAAACUUUCAAUCGUUUGUCGACUCGAGAGUGUUUUUCGUGAUCGAGUGAUAAAAGAGGAAAAUAAUCAUUAAAAAUUAUUUUAAAAAAAAUUUAUAUUAAUAAUAAUAAUUGUUUUUAUCUACUGGAAAUGAUGCCGAAUUAUUUGGCCACAGUUACGAUGGAAACAUGAAGACCAAACAGGAUCGUUCAUCUGAUCAGCAAUAUUGUACAUUAACCAUCUAUAAAUGACAGAUGCGGCGUCGCCAAUCAUCAGGAAUAUUUAAAUGCAAAAUGAUUCACAUUCGCGUCCUGCUGUGUAUGGCCGUUUUAUCAGUCGCACAAUGUCACCAGAUUCACAAACACAUGACGGCAGAAGAAAGGCUGUCGGUAUUUCACCAAACGACUGAUGAGAUCGUGCCGACGUACCAAGUGGUCCCCAUUUUGCACUCGGUAUUCAAGAGAAGCCCGGAAGUGGAGCCUGAGGUCCACUUUAAGGUGUUCGGUCAGGAUUACAAAUUGUCCCUGAAGCCAACAGAAGGACUCUUUUAUCCUGACAAACACAUCGACAUGUGGACAGUCAUUAAGAAUAGCUCCAGUCCUAAUGGACUCGACUACGAACAAGUUCCUGAGGCUAGUGCAGAUAUUGGUGAUAUUUAUCAAGACCCGGUGAACAUGGCGUCUAUAUUGCUGCACCGAGAUGCGAAUGGGAAAGUACUUGUGGAAGGAGACAUUGGCUCUGAAUUAGUGAUCCGACCACUCUCGAGCCGAUUAAAUGAAAUAGUAAGUAAACAUGAUGUGUAUCACGAGUCUAAUUUACUGCCAAAUGUUACAAGAGUAAAGAGAAGUCUCAGUCAAACACAUCAUCACAUUGUGUAUAAACGCACGAGUCGGCCUGUCUCCGAUGAAUAUAAUGAUUUCGCUUUUAUGGAACCGGACCACCUAGCUAAGAGGUUCAGGUCGAAGAGAUCAAUUAACUCGAGAACGGAAUAUUCUUCGCCACCGCCUGAUGUUAUUUAUCCGGAAAUAUUAUGUAUUGUUGAUUACGAAGGCUACAGAAUGCACGGAGGAGAUAAUUUGCAAAUAAAAAAAUACUUUGUGGCCUUUUGGAACGGAGUUGACCUGAGAUAUAAGUCGUUAAAGGGACCAAAAAUACGCAUUAGUAUUGCCGGAAUUAUUAUCUCGAGGGGAAGGGACGCAACACCGUACUUGGAAAAUAAUCGUGUAGGACGUGAUGCCAUCGACUCAGCAGCAGCACUUACCGACAUGGGCAAAUAUCUCUUCCGGGAGAGAAGACUUCCGGUUUACGAUAUUGCCGUCGCAGUAACAAAAUUAGAUAUGUGCAGGAGACAACAUACUAAUGCCGUAUGCAAUAGAGGAACUGCAGGAUUCGCUUAUGUGGGUGGUGCUUGUGUUGUUAACAAGCGUCUGGAGAAGGUCAAUUCAGUUGCUAUUAUCGAGGACACCGGCGGAUUUAGUGGAAUAAUCGUCGCCGCUCACGAAGUCGGUCAUUUGCUGGGUGCUGUCCAUGAUGGUUCACCGCCUCCAAGCUACCUUGGUGGACCAGGUGCUAUCAAAUGCCGAUGGGAGGACGGUUAUAUCAUGAGUGAUCUUCGACAUACUGAAAAAGGAUUUAAAUGGUCCCACUGCAGUGUCGCAUCAUUUCAUCACUUUCUUAACGGAGAUACGGCGACCUGCUUGACAAACGUACCGCAUGAAGACGAAAAACUGUCGCGAGUAUUACCGGGUACAUUAUUGUCAUUAGAUGCACAAUGUCGCAAGGACCGUGGCACGAGUGCAUGUUUCAGAGACAACAGAGUUUGUGCUCAAUUAUUUUGCUUUGACGCGCUCUCUGGUUACUGUGUUGCGUACAGACCUGCUGCAGAAGGCUCUUCAUGUGGGGAUGGACAGCAUUGCUUGAAUGGUCAAUGUGUAGCAGAACACGAGAAUAUUAUUCCCGAUUACACGCAAAAUAUUCCCUCGUAUGUCCGUCAUGACGGUGUUUACAACAAUGCAAUUCAUAGCCGUCCUUUUUCACAGUAUAAUCAUACAGACUACAGGUAUCAGUGGGAAUCGACAACACAAAACAUACAACAGUCAAAUAAUGAGUAUUCAACACCGAAUUACCCAAAUUCAAAUGAAUAUACAUCAUCUGUUGAUGAUUACUAUAACAAUAAUAUGCCAUAUUAUUCAACGACACCCUAUUACAACGUAUAUAACUAUGAUAAUAACAAUAAAAAUGAUAAUAAUAAUAAUAAUAAUAAUAAUAAUAAUAAUAAUAAUAAUAAUAAUAAUAAUGAUGAUAAUUAUUACAAUAACAACUAUAACACUCAGUCAAUUCCUGAAUAUAAUAAUGUUAAUUAUAACGACGAUGACAAGACGACUGAACCUACCACGACGUCGACGACUUCAACUACGACGACGACGGUUAAGAGUGUUUAUAAUUACUAUAAUAAUUAUAACAAAAAUUACUAUAAUCAUUAUCAAGUUUAUUCAACGACAGCCAGUACAAUAUUACCUAAUAAUUAUAAUAUUUAUGAUAAUAUGUUGAAUAAUGAAGUAAACCCGUACGUACGUAAAAAAUAUCCAAAUUCAGUGACUACAUCCACUGCUACUCAAGACGAAAAUCAUCGACCGAGUACAGGUCGUGAAACCGAGGACGGUGAGUGUGUGGAUACGGCGACAAAUUGCGCGGAGCAGAUUGACAGGCUGAGAACGUGGCUGUGCCAUCUACCAACUGUGAAAAUUCGCUGCUGCGCCUCCCUUAAAGGCAUUUGCAGAUAGAAUUUUAUUUUUUAAAAAUACAAAACUGCAAAUAACAAUUAAAUUUUAUUGUUAAAAUCAUAUCAAUUUUACCGUUCAAUAUUUUUCUCUCAAUUUUCAUUUAAAAAAACAAUUAUUAUUAUUUAUAACCGCGGAUAUAAGGAAAUUUUUCUUCCCAAUUAUUUUUUCCUUACAAUAAAUUUUGUUCAAUAAUAAUAAAUACAAAAUUAAUUUUAUUUAUUUAAUAUUGGACUAUUUUUUAUUGCUAAAAUUUUUUGGAAAUAAAUGAUGAAAAUAAUAAACACGAGAAAAAUUGUUCUAAUAAAUAUUUUAAAACAAAUAUUGAAAUAGACAACAUU